GCCAGUACUGGGGAAAUGGCGGCUGACGGUGGCAGCACUUCGCUUGGACUACCCUGCGUUUUCUCACCUAUCACGCAGUAUCUAGCCUUGUGUGCCCAAGAUGGUAGAUUAAGAAUCUGGAAUACUGAUAGUAAAAACAAUCACCAAGAGUAUGUGCCUUCUGCCCAUCUGAGUGCCACUUGUACCUGCAUAGCAUGGGGACCAUGCCGGACAGUCAAGGAGGGUCCCCUGAGGAAGAAGAGGAAAUCAGAGGCAGUGCAGGUGGAGCAGAAGGCAGACCUUUUGGCAAUGGGCACGGCGGCGGGCACUGUGCUUAUCUACAGCACAGCAAAAGGAGCAUUGCACUGCACUCUGGACGGUGGUCAUAGUGGAGCAGUGAACUGUGUGGAUUGGCACCCCCAGGACGCCUUGUUAUACAGCGGUUCAGACGAUACUCAAAUUGUAGAGUGGGACCUACAAACGGGAAAGUCACGCUGCAAGUGGAAAGCGGACCGUGCAGCAGUGACCAGUUUGUGUGCGAGUCCUGACGGCAAGCUGCUGCUUUCUGCAGGACAGACCAUCAAGAUGUGGGACUUGGAGACUAAGGAGGUGUAUAGGAAAUUCACAGGCCACUCGACGGCUAUAACGACCCUAUGCUUUGCUACCACCCGGCCACCAGACGGCAAUGGACUGUACUUUCUGUCUGGGGCUGCAUAUGACAGGCUCCUCAGCGUUUGGCAAGUGCGCGACGAUGGCAAGGACAAGAACUCUGUGGUGUCGUUCACAUUGACCGACGAACCCCUGCACAUUGACCUCUACUCUUCCAACAGCAAAGAGGAGGCAAUGAGACUGGCUGUGGUGUGCAAAGAUGGACAGCUCCAUCUUUUUGAGCACUUUUUGAACGGGCCGUGCAAGAAGCCCCUGUCCCCCUCCUGUACCGUGCAGAUGUCGGGCGUAGAAGACUCCCCGGUGCCCAUUCCCUUGCUGGCCACAGCCCUGGGGUCAGACUCGCGCAGUGUGAUGCUGGCCUAUGGCAACCACCUUCAGCCUGUCAUGGAGAGGGUGGUGAGUAAAGCAGAACAACACAUCUGCUUGACCCGGGACGUGAAGACCGCUUUAUCCCUCUCCGUUGACGCCAAUGUCUCCAAGGUGAAAACGCCAUUAGUCAAUACCAAGAGCAAAGUGUUGGUCCCAGGGCUUCCUGGUCACCAGGCUCCCAUCACCAUGACCUCACUAGGGUCAGAGAAGAGGAAACUAGGCGGUAAAACUACAGAGAUGUCAAUAGAAGAGCGUCUUGAAGAGAUCGAUCUUUCCACCGUAUCUGCACAGAAGGGCCGGGUGAAGGGGCUUCCCUCCCUCCAGAUGGACAACUUUGCAGUGCUUCUGGUGCAAGGCUUGGAGAGCCAAGAUGCAGAGAUCCUGAAUAAAGUGUUCCAGAACAAGAAAGAAAUGCAGAUAAAGAAGACUGUGGCCCGGUUGCCACUCCCAGCAGUCCUGCCGUUGUUGAACCAAAUCACCAAGAGACUGCAAGGACAUCCCCUAGCGGCCCUACUAAUGGUACGGUGGCUCAAGGCGGUGCUCGUGCAACACACCUCGUACCUGUCAUCGCUGCCUGACUUGGUAAACCAACUCGGAGUGCUGUACCACAUGAUCGAAAGCAGGGUGAAAAUGUUCCACAGGUUAAACAAGCUGAAUGGCAAACUGCUUCUUCUCAUCACACAGGUGGCGACAAGCAACAGCUGCACAGACACAGAAGUGGACCGCACUGCUAAGCUGGUCUACGAAGAGGAGUCCUCUGAAGACGACGCCUCCGGGGACGAAGGCCUUCCUGAUGAUGAUAACUCUGACAAUUGGGAGGAAGAGGAUGAGGAGGACGAUGGAGCGAUGGAAGGGCAAAACAGUGGUGAUGAAGACGGGAGAUUGGAGUCCAAAACAAACGGCGAUGAGGACAUGGAGCAUGAAAACGAGAGCGAGGAAGAAUAAACGCCAAUCGUACACGAAUUAAGGGUCGGGACGGGGGAGGGAGGGUUAAAGAUUUAUAUAUAUACUUUUUAUUUUCAUGCUUUUGAUUUUAUCUGAACAAAUGAUGGUUUUACAGAAUUGCAAAAAGACCAAGCGCCUCCUCUGAGCCCUGCCAUUUCACUGCGGUCUCCCAGCACAGACAUUGUUCUCCUCGGCCCACCCAGCUGGAGGGCUGUGCUGUGAUACGGCCACACUCAUAGUUUUCUUUUGUUCCCCCCCCCCCCAUACCAAUGUAUAAGUAAUCUGUGACUAAACUCUACAGCCGUCAUAUAGUAACUUAACCACCCCUAUUACACAAGACUGAAAUGUGUUGAUCACUUGAUUUUUGCCUGGUCCUGAGUUACCAUACGGUAUUCUGUCAUGCCUCAUCAUUCUCAUGAUUGUACCAUUUCACCUAAAUGUUCGUUCCCUAAUUUGUAGAACGAGUCACCAAGUAAGCCUCUUGUGGUGAAACUAAAUUUGCCCACCGGUGUGUAGACAACCUGAUGAUGAAAGCAAAGCUUGGGCUUUGGGUACUGUAUAGCGAUGCAGAGGCAUCUGUUCUCCCUUUGUACAGUAAAUGCUUGAUCACAGAUGGUGUUGCUGACGUGUCCAUAGAUCAUGACCACGCAAAGCAAAUCUGUAUGUACAGUGCCGCUGUUUCGUCAAAGCCCUCCACACUUGUCCGCAGGAAGCAAAACAAUAGUACGUAUUAAAUGAAUUCCUGUUCUGUUGUCCCCUCAAUAAUGUUCCUUAUUUGUGUUUUUGUUUUUGGGUUGUUGCCUGAUUUUGAACCCAUAGCCACAACAUAAAACAAUGUGAAUUUGCUCAAAUUGAUAAAUAAAUGGGUUUUUCCAACAGGCUA